GUUUAAUCGAGAGGAAUAUCACGGUGAAUCCAAAUAAGUGUUCAUUUUGUGUAUGUAGUUUUGAAUAUCUUGGGUACCUAGUUGAUGAUAAUGGUUUUAGACCAGAUAUGAAACGGCUAACUCCACUGACAAAUGCACCGUCUCCAAAAAAUCUUGCGCAACUACGUUCACUAUUUGAUAUCUAAUUCAUUCAAGUACAGUGAGGAAGAAGAGGCGUGCUUACCGAGUUUGCUAAAGUUUCUUCAAAGUGAUGCUGUUCUUCGAACUUAUUCCCCUAAUGUACAUUCUGUGUUUAUUACUGAUGCAUCACCUGUGAGAAUUGGUGCAGUUUUGGGACAGGAAGGUAGACCAGUUAUUUGUGUUUCACUCAAACUUACUGUUACUGAACAAAGUUAUUCACAGACUCACCGAGAAGCAUUAGCUGUGUUUUGGGCUGUUAAAAGACUUCAUAAAUAUUUAUUCGGAAAGAAAUUCACUAUUGUUACGGAUCAUGAAGCUUUAAAGUUUAUUUAUCAUCCUGAAAAAUCCUUAGCACUUUCCUCAGCUGCUAUGAUUCAACGAUGGAGUAUUGCUUUGAGUGCAUAUGACUAUACGGUUCAACACAGAAGUGCCAAACAAAUUCAACAUGUUGACCACAUUUAUCGACAGUCAUUACAAGAUAGACCUAUUAAUACUUCGGACUGUUUGUUAGUGCAACCUUUACCAGUGAGACGUCCAGAUUUCAUUAGAGAAACUCGUAGAUACUUUGGAUGUAUACUUAGUGCUAUACGGAAAGGUUGGAAUUCUAUUAUGAAACGUAGAUUUCGUGUCUAUUUUUCAAAUCGUGAUGAGUUAUCCACUACCCCUGAUGGUAUUUUGUACUUAAAUGAUCGUGUACUUAUUCCUUCUUUACUACGUAAAUCUGUCUUCAUAGUGAACAUUUGGGUGUUGAGAAAAUAAAAUCCUUGGCAAGGUUCAUAUGUUGGUUGCCAGAGAUAAAUGCAGAUAUGUGUUGUAGAGCAAGUAAUAGUACAAAAUGUCAUAAGUUGAAAACUCAACCUUCGAAGUGGUCUUCAUGGCCACCAUCGUCUGAAAAUUCAUGCACAGUAUUGUGGUUCAUAUCUUUGCAUAUAGUAUGCACUUGUAGUUAUUGAUUCUUUUCGAAGUGGCCUGAGGUUUCAAGAGAAGACGAAAAACCGAUUACAGAAACUUAGAUUCAAAUAUAAGCUGUGGUGGUUGUGGUUUUUGUAUGAAUU